AUGCAUGUUAUUCCAGUGACCCAACGCAUUUUCUUUGCUCCCUACUCUGCCUCCAACACCACAGUGGUGUGUCUGUACGCGCAAUGCGGAAGACAAUUGAACGAGUCGGAAAUUAUUCGGAUGAACCGGUACGAAUAUGGCCAACUGGCUGAAGGUAUGUGGGGUGUAGAACCUACCGUAUUACAUGUGGCUCGAGCGUUGAACGAACUGGGACUGGAUGGUGCAUUGCGACAAAUUCUGUCUUUUGUUUCAAGCGACGAGGAGCAACAGGUAUUUCGGAUUUGCAUGAAUGAGAGACGCAAACGUGCUGCAUCGGAAAUAGCUGCUCCUGGCUCAUACUAUCAUACCAAAGGGGGCUACGGGUUUCAUCUUUUCAGUUCAACGGAAGUUGAACCGAGUGCACCACCUCGGAACUUUGUUCUGGCCUUGGACAAAAAGAAUGCCAGUGAAACCGGACCAUUGGUGGUGGUUCCCCGACGCUUGCCAGGUCCAUGUUCAUCCCCGCAAACUGGAGCCAAAAAUCGUGUCGAAUUGGGUGGCAAGCCGAUGUACAGAGAAGUAUUUGUCUGCUCGUCUGAUGAAGAGGAAAACACGCGAGCUGCACUGACAGAAUUGCACAUGCUCCUACGAUUUCAUCAUCCGGGGCUGCCCCAAAUCUAUGCAUACGCUUAUGACGAGACCCUUUGUAGCCAAGGCAUCAUACGGUUAGAGUUGUAUAUGCCCUGGUACGAGCUCGGCUCAGUUACGCAAUGGAUUCGUUCCACAAAACCGGGAGACUGGACAACACAUUGUCGGAUUCAUGCCUUGUAUACACUGGCUCAAACACUGAGCUUUAUGCACAAUAACGAGACCAGAACUGAUUUCGGAUUUCAUCGAAAUCUCUCUGCAUCAACAGUGAUGCUUUACUCUCAGUGCCAGUUCAUACUGACUGAUUGUACCAAAGCGAUGAUUCUGAACAUCCGGUCUGAUGAGAGGCGUGCGGAAUCGGGUGGAGAUGGUGAGGAUUCUCGUCAAACAUGGACAAUGAACACGAUACUUGCCUGUCAGAGGGAGGAUGUGAUGGGAUUUGCCCAACUUUGUCUCGAGAUUUGGUCUCAUCAUCUCUGGGAGGAUAGUGAUUACACCAUUCAGUUAUCAAGUAUGACAAAAGAAGAAAAAGCCGAUUGCGUGAGUACUUACUCGAUUGAAAUAGCUAUUUUUGAACUACACAUUUUCUCAUCAUACUUUAGCCAGAGCGCGCGCAAUUCUUUAACCUCGACCCAUACACCUUUAGCCUUCACCCACUAUCCUUUAGUCAAAACGCGCAAUUCUUCGGUCACAACCCGUAGUUCUUUAGCCUUCACGGACUAA